AUGAUUUUGGGGCAUUUCGCUUUCGCUCCUUUCGCGAAGAAAUUACUCGCAAGCGUCCCCCCCCCUCCUCAGCGCUCUGAACAUCCGCAACGCCUGCUGAAAGGACAACGUUCUUCGUCGCCUUCCUCCAGCUGUGCUUCAGAUGUUGUCAAUCGGUUGCUAUGCUUGACGGACGAUCAACCGAAUCUGGCGAUGAAUCGGCAACAGUGGCAUUCGAUGUUUUUCUAUGCCGGUUUGCCACCAAUCAGCUACAAGAUCUCUACCGAGGUAUUGACGAACACAAUUCAAGAAAAACUGAACGCCGCACAGCCAAAGGAGCGCGAAGAAUUCAUAACUCAGCUUAGUAAGACGGAUCAUCCCCGGAUGGUGCAAUAA